CCGCCCCGUCCCGCCCCCACCGUCACCUUCCGGGCCCACCCCGGCUGCGGUUCCGCCGUCAUCGCUCCGGUGCCGCCCCCCCAGCGCCCUCAGCGAUGCAGCGGGCAGCGGUGGCAUUCGAGGACGUGGCCGUGUAUUUCUCCGCCGAGGAGUGGGCGCUGCUGGCGCAGUGGCAGCGGGAUCUGUACCAGGAGGUGAUGAUGGAUAAUUACCACCUGGUGGCGUGUCUGGACUCUCUCAACAACAAACCCUCCAUUGUCCAUGGAACGGAUCCCAGGGAGACAUCACAUGGAGGGGACAGAGGGACGCUGGACCCUGCGGGUAACGCCCACUGGGAUGAGGACACACCGGGGGAUGCCAUCCAGGGACACCGUGUGCCGCCAGAACCGGGGUGCCCCCCGCUGAGCCACAACUGGGGUGGGUGGGAGCUGGCGGGUGCUGCGGGGCCGCAGAUCUGCGGAGUCUGCGAGCAGAGCUUCGAGGACGUGUCGGCGCUGAGCACACACCAGGCAGAGCACGGGGACCCGACACCCGGCCACGAGUGCGUGAUGUGCGGCAGAGUGUUCCGGCACCACCGCAACCUCCUGGCACACAAGAAGCAGCGGGGGCAGCAGCGGCACUCCUGCGGUGAAUGCGGCCUCAGCUUCUGCCUGAAGGGUGACCUGCUGCGGCACCGACACCGGCACCGGCGCGACCCGCAGGCUCACGGCGAAGGGCAGAUGGCCACAGAACCGCAGCAGUGCCCCGAGUGCAGGCAGCGCUUCGAGGAUGAGCUCAGCCUGAGCCGGCACCGCGCGCAGCACGGCGAGGAGCGGCCCUUCAUCUGUGGGCGCUGCGGGCGCCGCUUCUCCUGGAAGGAGAGUCUGCAGCUCCACCUGCGCAGCCACGCGCCCGAGCGCCGCCACAAAUGCCAGCAGUGCGGCCGAACGUUCAGCCGCAGCGGGAAUCUGCUGCUGCACCAACGUGUGCACACGGGUGAGCGGCCCUACGCCUGCACGCAGUGUGACAAAGCCUUCUGCAACAAGGCCAGCCUCACCACGCACCGCCGGCUGCACCGCCGCUGCAGGACCUUCGCCUGCGCGCAGUGCCGCCUCAGCUUCAGCUCCAAAAACAAACUGCACCUGCACCUGCGUGGACACGGUGAUGGCGGUGGCCUCGGGGUGGGGGGUGGGCAGCCCUGACCCUGAAGAACCCAAUGGGAUCCCCCAAAGGACCCCACGAGUGCCUCUGAAGCUUAUGAGAUGCCCCAAAGAACACUGUGGGAUCCCCCAAAGAAUCUCAUAGGAUCCCCUGAAGGACAUUUGGAGUUCUCCUGAAGGACCCGAUUGGAUCCUCUAAAGGACCCAAUGAAACUCCUUGAAGGACCCUAUGGGAUCCCCUGAAGGACUCUGUAGGACAUUCGGAUUUCUCCUGAAGGAUGCUAUUGGAUCCUCCAAAGGACACUGUGGAAUCCUGUAAAGAAUCCUAUGGGAUGCUUUGAGGGACGCUACGGGAUCCCCCAGAGGACACUGUGGGACCCCCAAAGGACCUACUACAGCAGUGCCCACCCCAUCUGUCCUCAUGCCCCUUUCUCUGUCCAAAGCCCGUGGCAUUGGGGCACCUCUGGUGCAUGGUGCCACGUGCCAUGGGGUGAAGGUGGAUGUUGUUGGGCUCCUGCCCCACACCUGUGCCCUCAGGCCUCCCUUUCCUCUUGCCCCCCAGUACGCAGACUGCUGAAACUCCUCCAUUUUUGGGGCCAUUCUCUGGGAUGACCCUUUUGGAGAUGUGCAAAGGUGGGUGCAGUGCCCACGGGGUGCCUGGCUUGGAGAGCCCUGCAGAGACAGGGAUGGGGCAUCCCUUCCCCAGCUCCCCUCCUUGUGCCCUGUGCCCCCCUUUGCCCUAUAUCCCCUCUUUGUCCCGUGCCUCCCCAGUAUCCCCUGUCCUCACUGAGACCGAUGUUCCCUUUCCCGUGCCCUGCGGUGUCCCCGCAUCCCGGCAAGCACCGGGCAGCCAUUGUCUGCGCUCCCGCACCCCGCGGUCGCCCCUCGAGCGACCCUGGUGAGAGCUGGGGGAGGGCGAGGGAGCGGGGAAAGGGGGUCCACAGUGCGGGAGGCAGCGGAGGAGGGGGAGGGGAAAGGGGGAGAGCAGUGCGAUGGGGGGGUGCAGGGUUGGUGUGCAGCUGUGACUCCCCCAAGAAAUAGGACCCCUGGCCCUAAAGCACGGACCCAAAUAAAAGUGUCUCUUCCCCCCACGCCCCGUGUGAGUUC